CAUACGUCCUGCUGCUGUGCCCUAACAAAGACCUUGGCGUAAUGGAAUUAUCUCCUCGUCAUGAGCAGCCUGUUCUUCCCGCUGGAGGGAGCGCUCCCCCAGCUCAAUACAACCCCUCUUGGGAUGCGCCAGGCAACACGCUGACGUCUUUGUUGCCAAUGGGGAAGCCGCCCCGGGCGGGAGCGGAGAGCGACCAGCCGUUGGCGCAGCAAGGGAAGCGGCCAUUGGGCAGCACCGCGGCCGACGCGAUGGAGUCGAAACGGUUGAAGCGACUGGAGAAGAACAGGGAGUCUGCCCGCGAGUGUCGGAGACGGAAGAAGGAACACAAGGAAAAGUUGGAGGCGCACCUCGCUUCUCUUGAGGAGGAGAACCUCAACCUGAGGCUGCAGCUGAGGGUGGGAGACGAGGCGGAGGAUGCGGAGAACGCGGAGAUCUUGGAGAUCAAGAAAGGUCUCCACGACCAAGUGGCGAGAGGGGUCGGGGAAGGGCAGAUCCUCCAGACGAUGGACUUGCUGACAGAGCGCUUCGCGGACUACGGCAGUGCCCACACGUCAGCGGCCGAUUUCCACCUGGCGCAGCUCUCUCGCUUGCUUCUGCCGACGCUGACCACGAGAGUAUGCAUGCAUGCCGUGCUUCAAGCCGGCGGCAGCGGCGCCGGUGCCAAAACGGAACGGGUGGCGGGGACGGUUACCCCCGGGGCGCCACCCGCCGCGUCUGCCGACGGCCGUUCGGAGAACGCCAAAGGAGGGUUUGCUAGUGGAUUGUCGGCGUCGUCGUCGUCGUCGGGCGACGCUCCCGGGGGGGAUUCGUUGCUUGCGUCGGUCCCGGAAGACGUGGGGGAAGGUGCCCGGCAGGAGACAGCGGCGGCGGCGGCGGCGGCGGCGGCCGGGCUGGGAGGUUCCGCGAGUGCGACGGUAGACAUGUGGACGUCGCUCGUUGCGCUCCUUGAGGCUACGCCUGAGCAGCAGGCUGUGAUGCAUAAUCAGGCAGGAGCCAUAGCGGACCUUGCGAGGGACUUAGAGGGGACGGAGGAAAUAGUCGAGCGGUUGCGGCUCUUUCUGGCAGAUCGGAACCAAACCCUUGAUGGAGAGAUGGCAGCGAUUCAGAGCGCGAAGUUCGUCCUGUGGGUUUCAAAGAACAAGGCGUGCGUCCACAUGCUGAACCAGCUCUGGGACAAGCUGCACGGCGUAGACCAGUCGCCGGCCGCGUGA